AUGUCGUUAUACCGGCCGAGCAGCGCAGGUUAUGAGGGCAGCGUGUUCCUCACCACCAUGUCACAAAACAAGCAGGCACCGAAGUGGAGCUUCGCUGGGCGUUACGGUGCGAACACAAGGCUGCUGACACCCGGACCUGGCACCUAUGGUGCUGAUUCGCGAUCGCAAAGGCCAGCUGGCUACGGCUUCGGGUCCUGCGCACGGGAUCAGGGCCCGCUGUCCAUGGCAUCCCCGGGCCCCGGAGCUUACGGCGUGAGCGAGUGCUACGGGUCGGCCGCUGCCCCAACUGAGCUCAUAGCGGAUGGCUUGGGAAUGGUGGUGGAACUCCAGGCCGCAGUGCCCGCGACACACCUGCACUCCUCGCCGGGAUGGGUCGGUGGUGCGGUGGCGGUCGGUGCUCCACGCCAGGUCCCGGGACUUACGGCGACUUUUGCGGCCACGCCGAAAGCACCUGGGCGCAAGAAGGUAGCUCUGCGCGUGGACACGGGCACCCUGGCGAGGUUUGGAACCUCCAACCGGGGCAUCCGUGCCAAUGGUCAAAAUCCGGGUCCCGGGCAGUACGACCUUCGUGCCUGGGUUGCAAAACCUCCGAGAUUUAUUGGGAGGGCUUGA